AUGACGACCUUAACUGUGGUUCCAUACUCAGUAGAGAAUAAUGAGAUUCUUACCUUUUGCCAGAUAGACUACAAGAUGAAUGAAUAUGAAUUUGGAGUCCAAAUGGCUGCUUCCAGAGUGAUUACUGAGUGACUCAGAAUUAAAAUUUACACUCAAGAAGAAUGAGAUAAUCUUAGAGAGAUUUAUGACAAACCAACUAGAGCUGUAAUGGCUCAUGUCACUUAUUUUUCUCACCAUGCAUCGGACUCUUUAAUUUAUGUUCCAAUUAACAUUCAGCUUGAAGGAGUUCAAAAUAUUCAGACACCAGUCAGAAAUGAGGAAAUUUUAAUACAAAAUUUUUAUUUAGCAAAUCAAUAUAAUCUUUUAGAAAAAGCUAUCCGGAAUGAAGAGAUUUCUUAUCCUUUACCUGCUAUAUACGAUAAUCCAGACUAUGCAGCUUUUAAUUUCUUUGUUGAAAAUCCUAUAUAUGGCUUUGGAGAGGCGUGGUCGACAAGUAUAUUUUCCAAACCAUUCGAAAAGUGGCAGAAUUAUUAUAUCCUCAGUGGUCAGCUUCCUUCAGACACAGCUUUGCAGACCAUCAAAGGAAUUGUUGUGCUAGGAGGGAAAUACUCUGCUAACGACCAGGAAGAAUGGCUUAUCAACUUAAAGGCAUUUCUAAGACGAAUAUACAACGAUUAUCCCAAUAUUAAACUUGUUGGCAUCUGCCUCGGGGCACAAAUCAUUGCUAAUGUGCUCGGAGGAACAGUUGAAAAAAUACCUAAUAAGUACAUUUUCAAAUAUGAUACAAUAAUAACAACCAGCGAGUUCAAAUCACUAUAUCCUAAUCUCAGAAAUCAGUAUAUUAUAGCAGAAAACCAUGGGGAAAAUAUAGUACAGCUUCCUGAUUUUUGUGAAAGAUGGGGAUAUUCUGAAAAUUCCCCUAAUGAAAUUUUUGGAAUUUCGAGAAAAUUGAUGUGCUUGCAAAGCCAUCCAAAUUAUGUCGGGAAAUUUUGCGAGUCUCUAGUAAUUCCUUUUAUGCUAGCAAACACGAGCAUUCUGACAAAAGAAGAAGCUGACCAAAUGAUUUUAGAUCAAAACUCUUAUAGAUCGCAUACAGCUGAAAUACUUUGCCUAAUUAAGGACUUCUUAAAAUCCUAA